UAUGGCUACCGCUUCGGACGCACGAAACAACUUUAAGUCAAACGUGGAAAGUGUCAUUAUUAUUAUUAUUAUUACUAUUUUAUGUUAAUAGUGCACCAGAAGUGUUGGAGACAGCUUACAAAAGAAAAGGCCACCAGCCUUACACACCACCUUGUGGAGUUCCUUUAGUUUCUGCUUGGAGACUACAUGUCAGUUACAAUGGAAGAAGUAUACAAAGUUACUUCUACAGAGAAGCUGCUGCACAUGGAAAAGGAACUUGCUUCAUGGUUAGCUGAGCUGAAGACAGAGAUUGAAGAGAAUGGGGUGCUGGAAGGAACACCUUCUAGAGCCUACAGUUCUGUACGUAUUCCAAAAGAUAUCUCCUAUUUCAGGAAAGAAAGGGAAUUGAAAUUAAAAAGGGGCUUGCAGGUGGCCCAAGCCAAGUCAAUUGCCAUCAAGGCUCAGGUUAUGAAAAGAGAGCUAGACAGCUGUUUAAGCCGUGAAUACACGCCAGAGAGCCUCCCACUGUUACUACACCAGUUUUUCACAGAUCGGAGUUACCAGCUGUCUCAGUGCAAAUACCUCCACAUGCUGAGAUGGAAGAGAUUCUGUCAGCACUCCAGUGUUAUUGAACAACUCUAUCCAGUUUACAAGAAACACAUUGGAAACAUCAUGAAGGAAUAUGAUGAUUCUGUUCAGAGGGCUCGAAGACUUGCUAUGGCAAGAGAAAAUUUCUUUACUGGGAAAGGGACAUCAAGCAGUGCUGUAACUAUGGAAGAUGUGGUGAUUUACCUUCAGUGGCUAGUAUGCCACUUUCACUCUGUCAAGACCAUUCAUAGCUAUCUGCAGGUGCUACAGUACCUCCCUUUGUCUGAGGAGCUCAUAACAAGCAUUUCAAGUUCAGAUGGAUUUGAGGACACCAGUGACAACAUCAUCCUAAGCAAUAAUACAUCUAUCUUAAAAUCAUUGACCCUCCCCAGUACUCCUGUAUCUAGUCAAAGUGGAUUUACAGGUUUGCACAGUGGCAGUUCUUCUCUAGUGCUGCCAUUGCACCUGUUGGAGGUGGAACAGUUUAAACUUCAACUGCAGUCUUUGGUGUUUCACUUCGAGAUUGAAUACAAUAUGGAAGACCUUAUAAAUACUGCUAAUGAAAUGGAAUUGUUUACAUUGGUGGCCCGCAAGUUCAGAACAAUUUUUGAGAAGCAAGAAAUCAUGAAAACAUUCCCACUCUAUGGUGCUUCUGAAUCAAGAAAAAAACACUGGGGGAUGAAAAAACCAAGUAUGGCACUUAAAAAAGAGGCAAACUGGAUCAAUUUUAUCAAGAUAACAGCCAAGCAGGAUCCCUGGCAGCAAAAAAAUAUUACAAAAUUAAAGCAACUGAAAUCUGUAGAUGAACUUUUGCAAUUGCAAGCUGGGUUUUUCAAGGUGUCUAAUCCACAGAAAGUGAUGGAGGCUUUGAGACAACAUGCAGCUACUUUAUUUGAUCCAGUGCCUGUGCAGUCUCUGUCAGUGACAUCGCACCCUUCAGGACAACAAACCAAUCAGAUAUGGAAAAAAAUAUACAACUCACCAGAUCUGCAUCAGGAACUCCAAAAGGAAGAAGAUGGAUCAUCUGUAGAUGUUAAUGAACAAAGUGCAAGAAAUGUCAAAGUGAACAAGCAGUCAGGUUCACAGAAUAAAAAGAAUGAGAAUGGCUAUAGUUACAUGGAAACACUGCAAUUGCUGGGUUUAGAUGAAGGAAAAGAAGAGAUCAAUAAUGAUCCUGUUUCAAUGAGAGGAGCAUAUUUGUCUUUGCUUUACCUGCGACACUUGCGAAUUAGGGAAUUACAGCGCUCAUGUCUCAGCAUUCUAAAUUAUUUCCGAUCUGUUGAGAGAACCCUUACAAUAAAUAGUGUAGGUCUCAGACCUGAUGGAAUUGGCCUGACCAGAAACAAAGAAGAUUCCAGAUGGAUAAAUGCAGCAAAAGGUGGCAGUGGUGUUCCAGGGGGUUUAAGUUCUGAACAAUAUCUUCAUUAUUCACCUGUUGAUUACAAGGUCCACUGUGCUGAGUUUAUGGAGUUUUCUGAUAUUGAAAACCAUGACGACUUCUAUACCUCCGAAAGUGGUGAUAUCCAUAUACAGGAUCAGAAUGGAAUGUACAUCAUAUAUGAUGUUGCUUUAAAAGAUAUGAAGGAUCUGGAAGAGAUACUUAUCAUUGUUGCAUCUCAGUUCAUUCGAAGAGACAAAGGAGUUAAAGGAUCUGCUCGCCCUGAUCUAGAAGCUUUGGCUCAGGUUGAUAUAGAUCGAUUUGCCGUUAUUCUGGAUCUGUGGUCCUGUGAACUUGCCUUUUUGAAAAAUAAACAGCAGCUUGUUGAUUGCUAUUUUGAAGCCUAUCAGCAUGUGUUCGAUCCAGAAGAACAAUUUGCUUUGGCACAGAUUAUAACUGACAUCAUACACAAGAGACCCAGAUUUGAUUUCAACUCUGGUUACUUUGUUGCAACGUAUGAGGCUGAAUGUGAAUGCCUGCAAUAUCAAGAGCAGCUGAUUCAGGAAAUCCUCUCGAAGCAGAUUGAUGAACAGCGACAGUACCUCCAAAAAAUAUGGAGAGAUGGUCAAAAAUGCAGUGUUUAUGAAUUUGGCUUACCACCUAAUUUUGUCCCAAAACAACCAAUUUCUGUAAAUAAUAGUUGCCCAGCUUUGAAGAGUGUAUUUCUUCUGGAAUUUCAUCCCAGCCUUGGCCUGGCUUCCCUUAUUUUCAGGGCACUCGGUGAGGCAUACUAUGAACUCUGCCAGUUUCACAGACCUGUCUCAGUCAGUGCAAAUGUUGCCUUAGAGAAGCGACUUUUGCAGGUAGCUCUUGAGAAGCUACACAAUCUGGAGUCACCUGGAUAUUCUUACAGUAUACAGAUUCAAAAAGAUUUGUUCUCGGAUACUCUUUUUGAAGACCCAUUUUUUGUUAGAGAUAUUGCAUUUUGUGUCCUCGAUUCAGCCGAAGAGGAUGGGAACAAGCAAGGUAAAGAAAAGCAGGCUUUCACCAUGGACAUCCUCUGCCGACUGUUGGAACUUGUAACAAUCCGACACCGUUUAAUAGAGGCCUCGUCUGAAACUGCACAUUUGGCUCAACUGUACAAAAUUUUUGCUGCUGAGAUGGGGUUUGAUGAAUUUCAUCUGUACCUGCGCCCUGUGCAGUUUGAGUUUGCAUCUCACAAAGAUAAAGCAGAUCAGCCCCCUCCAGUUUUCAUCACUGCUUUGCUGGAAGAUGACAGCAGUGUGGACAGAUACACACCAUCUAGUUUUCUACUAGGAAUCCAUGAAAUCGAUGAAAACCAAAUUGGAAAAUUUAGUUUUCGAACACAGGAAUCCAUUGUUCAGCUUUUGUCUCCAUCAGGAUUGGAAAAUAUGCAAGUUGUCCUAGCCUGCCAGGUCACACAGAAAAAUAUCUUAUUUAGUGCAGUGCAUCUGGCUGCUGUUUGUUUCCAGAGCUGCCCUACUCAGGUAGAAAACUUGAAGCUGCAAGAUAAACAGUCAGGGUCACAGAGCAGAAGCAGAGAUAGCUCAGCAAGUGGACGACACUCUAGAGCUGCAAAAGAUUCUGAAUCUCAGGCAUCAUCCUCCGUUGUAAAGUGUCCAGCCAGGCCCACAGCUACUAGCAGAAGAAGGCCACCUGAAGCAUUUGUUUCAGUUCAGUUAGAGAAAAUCGGUCCACGUGAUGUAAUGUUGAACACAUUUAUUACCAAGAAACAAAUGAUGGGAACCAUUAUGAAAAAUCCUGAAGAAGUAGAAAAAGUCAAAAGGGAACUGAUAAUUGAAUUCUGUCAAAAGUUCAACUGGCGAAUGUCCCAGUACUCCCUGAGGAGCCAAAUUAUUGAAUAUUAUCACAACCUGUGGGCUCUGCUUGAUGACAUCCCCUCAAUCCGGGACACCCACUUCAUGCAGGGGCUUCCAAAUGAGAAGAAAGGUGAUAGAGAUUCUGAGCAAGGACUUCAUUCAGACCCAAGGCUGUUUCAGCAACGACCGCGCUGCCUGCUGUCUGCAGAUGGGAAGACGUUCCUCAACCUAUGGUUUAUCCCACAUUUUACUGAUGUCGUAAUCAUGUUCAAAUCAUUGGAGGAGACAGCCUGUCACAGAGCACUGCAGCAAACACUACAGAUUGUAGCAGCAUUCCAUGACAUUGUGUCUUAUGUGGUUGGCUUUGCUCAUCUUGGAAGUUACUCUGCUGUUUAUACUUCCAGAAAACAUGAGAGACUGACUGCUGACUGGGGAGGAACUGAAGGAAUUGGAGCUGAGCUUCAGGAGAUCCAAAAACAAAUAGAUGCUCUGCGUGAUCCAACUAAUCCUCAAGAAGUCGGCAAGUUGCUACAGCUUCGCAGAGAGGUGCUGUUCUUACAGUUUGAUGCUGCUGUCCAACACUUAAUCAGAGAAGCCUUUUUAUCCUCUGGUAAUAUUGAAUCCUUCAAGGCAGUAACAGACAACAUGUCCCAUGCUUUGCCAGAUCUCAGUAACUCACUCAUCAGCAGUAUAUACAGCUCUCGGAUUAAUGUACCUGAGCCUCUGUUUCCAUCUGGUUCUAGGGCUCAGCAGAUGUAUCCAUGGAGAACUUUCUUGGCAAGUCAUGGAGAAUUUCCAUACAGUAUGUGUAAUAUUCUCCCAAUAGAGUAUAACAUGCAGGUGUGCCUCUGUGGGCUUAGUGAACGUAAUCUCAAAAUUGCUAAUGGAGAAAUUCUUGGUGUCUCACUCUUAAUGGAAGAUGUCAUUCAGACCAGCCAGGAUGCCAACUUUUUUGGUUUUCAGAAUUGGGAGGAAGAACAUUUUCAAAACAUUGAAAUUAAGCCUGAUCAUGCUGGAGAUAUAAUUCCUGUCAAUAGUUUGAUCCACACAGAAGAAAAUAUUUUUUCUGAGGGCCUCCUGGAAAAUCCAGUAGAAUUGUACAUGCUUCUUAAAUCAUUUUUGGUUCUGUGGAAGCAGCUUGAAGUUUUUAAGAAAGAGUGGGCACGAGAGAAACUGGGCAUGGAAGAGAUCAAUACUCUAUCACUUCAUCAGCAAUUCUCCAAGAUUUACAGAGUGGAAAUUUUCUAUCCUGCUAUGAAGAUGAUAGCUGGACAGAUGGGUAAUGAGGAGGCAUUUGAUCAACUGUUCAUAGAUACCCAAUCCAUUCUUCCACUGAAAGGUGCUUCAGAAAUGGAGAUUAAAACACAGCAGCUUCACAAACUUUUGGAAAGUUUAGAAUGCCAUAUGAUUUCUGAAGUACAGAAGAGGGUUGCCAAGGAUCUGACACUUGUUAUAUCAGAGAGAGCACGACAGGACACCGGUCUACCCAUAGAACUGUGGAAGCACCCUAUCAUGGAGGAGCACUUUUCUGCUGUUAGGCCUCAGAUUAUUGAAAAGUUUGUGCAGAAUUUAACAGACGGUCAGCUAGAAAGUGGUGAUGAAGUUACUUUUACAAAAGAACACUUAAAGGCUUGUCUUACAUCAUUGGCUUGUGACAUUAUGGCACGAGAACGAAGUAAUUUUGAAGCAUAUUCCAUGUUUUAUGAGAAUAUUCUUCAGCAGGAACAUCACCUUCUUUUUCAAAAAGAGCAGGACCUAAAGGUCAUAGGAAAAUAUCAGUUGCUAAAAGAAGGACCAGAAAAUGAGACAGCUGACUUCAGUUAUCAGAUGAUUGUGGAAAUUACUGCACUAAGAGCUAAACUUUCAGGCCUUGAAGAGGAAAACCAGACCUUAAGAGAUAAGAUCAAGAAGGAAAUUCAUCAGGAAUAUGAAGAAUUGGUUCAGAAUCUGUUUUUAGCAUGUUUUAAUUUAAAAGCAAAAUUAGAUGAAUAUCAUGUAAAAAUGAAUAGUGAUGUGUGUCAGCUAAUCAGUGAAGUUAGAAGAGAAAGCAUCGAAAACAUGAUUACACUGAAGAGAAAAUUUGGCUCCACCAGAGAUAAUUUUGCUUUGAGUGGAAAUUUGGAAAAGCAAGAGGAGCUGCAGGCUCUGCGAAAGGAAAACUUCAGGCUGGAAUCUCUUCUGUGUAAGAUGAAAUCUUUGCACUGCUGGAGGCAAACGGUGAAACUGGGUCAGCUUUCCCAAAAACUUUAUCUGCUACAGGAGGAGGCAGUAAAAGAAAAAAAGAAUAACUUGGCAGCCAAGGUUGUUGCAGAGCAAGAAGUUAUUCUGCUGCGUGAACAGCUGGAGGCUGUGAGAAAAGCUUUAUCUGUGUGCCAGACUGAAUAUAAAACUGUCAAAAAGAAGUUGGAAAAACAGAAACAGCUACUGAAGGAGGCCGAACACCGGGCCGCAGAAGACACCCGGAGCCGACAGCACCUGGAUGGUGUAAAGUCAGCCAAUAUGGGUCGACUGCAAGAGGAAAUCGGGGAGAAGGAGCUGAAGCUCCGGAUAAUAAUGGAGGAAUUGGAGAAAACUUCCAAAAUAAGCCAGCUGCAACAGAGGAAGAUUGACAAAGAAAUCCGUGAGGUUAAAAGCCAGCUUUCCCACGAGCGGAGUCUGAAACUCGAUGCUUUCCAGCGAGUCGAUGAACUUCAGAGUCAAGUGUAUGAUUUUGAGUCUACUCUGUCCCACAGAGGCUCUUCUGCAGGUGUAACCAGGAAAUCGGCCUCAGCGCUGUCCCGAAGUGCAAGCAGCAUCCGAAGUACUCAGCCAGCUUUUGGAGGGUGGAGUGUCCAACCAGCACUGAACCCAUCGAGACAUUCUGAGCAGCCUUCACAAAUGUCCGAGCACAAGACCCCAGACUCAGUAAGGUCAAGGCUCCAGCGACCCAAAACUGUACCAAGCAGGCUGAUCAACAAGGUGACUGAAGCCCUUUUACCAGACCUUACUGAAGGUCAUCCAGAGGUUUUCAUCACACACCUUCAAGAUCUCCGGCAAAAGUAGACGACUGAGCAAAGACACAACCCCAGAAACCAGAAGAGUUCAUUGAGGGUCAACUGACUCUCAUAAAGCAUCUGCUAGUUCUGUGAAGAAGAAGAGGGGUUGAGGAGGCCAAAAAAAACAAAAACUGAGAUACCUGCCAACCCUUAUCAGCUGCUGGCCACGGCUUUCACAUCAGAGACCUUUCAGUGUUGCACUUCCUUACUGAAGUGACAACACUCUGUGAGCAGUCAGGCGACUGUCCAAAGAAAGAACAGUGAAGAGUGCGCAAGGUGGCAGAAGGCCUCACCCAAAUAAAACAAGAACCAGUGACUUGGCAGUGCUGUCUCGCCUCGGCUCGCUCUCUACUA